ACCGCAACUCCAUUCCACAACAACAGCACCCACACAGCCCACGCACGAUGAACCUCUCCGCCUUCCGGCCGGUCCUCCGACCCAACAAUGCCACAAAAUACCCCAUCGCGAACGCCCUCAGACCAAACGCCGGUACAAUACAACAAGGGCGAACCUCACCUGCAACAACCUCCCCGUUCUCAUCAACCUCCCGCAUGAUGAAGCGCAAGAAGGGCAAGGGGCCGACCACAGAUCCGCGAAUCACCGCCAUCCGCUACCACCUCUCGCACCCGCUGACCCCGCGCCCGCUCCACUUCUCUCGCCUCCGCGCCCUCCGCCACUGGACCAUCCACCGCGCCUGGCUCCUCUUCCUGCGGCGGCGCCGCUGGGCCGAGGAGCGCGACCUCGAGCGCCAAUUUCAGGCCAUGAAAUCCGCGUGUGAGCACCUCCGGCUCAUGGAUGCCAACGGGAAUCUCGUGUCGGAAGCCGAGGCUGGAGGACAGGGCGCGGACCCGGGUACGAUUGGGAGUGGCGGCAAGGAGGUGGGGCGCUUGUAUCGUGCGGCAAUGCUGAAAAGGGGCGUGUGGGGGAGUGUGCCGGUGGAGUAUGCGCGGGCGCAGGUGGAUUUCCCGAGCAGGGAGGGGUGGAAUCAUGCCUGGACCAGGGAUUAGAAGGGUGCGCGUGGGAGAUGAGGAGAGGAAGGGAGACGUGUAUGAUACCUUGUUGCUGAGGAUAUUCUUGGAAGGGCGGAAUUCCGUCGUACAGUGCUGGCGGCAUCUGUUGUACUAUACUCCUGGUUAGAGCAUGCAUGCAUCACAC